AUGCAAGCAGUAAGGAGAGGUUUGGCAACACAGCGUCGUUUCUUGUUGCGAGGACCAGUUAUAACGACGAUGCAGUGGCGUAUGCCACUGCAUCGCACGUUAGCGUCCAAAUCCAACGAUACUUCAUCGCCUGGUGUUGCUGCUACAGGUGGACCAGGAUCUACAAAUGGCCAGGUCGUGCCGGCAGAGGUACUAUCGCUCAGCAUGGACGUUUACCACACUCGUUCCGAUCUGUUUCUCGAGUCUCUUCAGGACCAGCUCGAAAUUCUCAGCGAUGACCAUCCACAGCUUAUGCCGGACAUUGAGCUUACUCAGGGUGUCAUGACCGUUGUGGUACCCUCUGUGGGCACCUACGUUCUGAACAAACAGCCUCCAAACAAGCAGAUCUGGCUUUCGUCGCCGGUUUCAGGACCCAACCGGUUCGAUCUCUUCCGCGACCGGUGGGUUUCUCUACGCGACGGACAAGAUCUUCUACAAGUACUGAAUCAAGAACUGAGUCAGGUAUUUCCUGAGCCUGUGAAUCUGGAACUUGACGAGUGA